CAUCGCUAGUCCCAGCAUUGUUUAUAUUUGUUAUUUUUUAAUUUCUGAAAAAAAUGGGUGGCAAAAGUUAUUAUUGCGAUUAUUGUUGUUGUUUUAUGAAAAAUGAUAUUAAUGUGCGUAAAUUGCACAACGCUGGCAUGCUGCAUACAGCAGCCAAGGUGACCUACAUGCAAAGAUUCGAAAAUCCCGCACAAAUUUUAAAAAAGGAACGCCUUAAAAAGCCCUGUAGACGAUUUUUCAGUGGCUAUUGCCAAUUUCAGUUAUUCUGUAAUUAUGGACAUUAUAGUCCUGAAGACAUAAAGCGACUGGAAAAAAUAGUGAGUCAGCAAAAAAAAGGUCGUCGUAGAAAGAAAGGAAAUAAACCAUCUAAAAAAGUACAAAAUAAGAAAUUACCUCCCUCAAUGCAGUCCAUCGAUAUAAACAAAAUGAAACAAUUCAAUCAAAAUUUAGAUUGGGAAUUGGGGUUAAAUCAAUAA